AUGGUGUUGAGUCUUCCGCUCGAGGCUCCAUCUCUCAUUUGAGCCUCUCUUCUCUGCAAUCGAUCUCAAAAGCCAAACUGAAAUCCACUCCCUUCUUCUUUCCCCUCAAUUUUCCCGCACUUCCUCACAUUUUCUCCGAUAUUCGCGCGCUUUGAAACGUUGCGAGUGUGUGUCGAGAGAGAGAGAGAGAGAGAGAGAGAGAGAGAGAGAGAGGAGGCAGUGGGGGAAAAGCGGGGUAUUUGGGUUGGAUGGCAAAAAUUGGAGCGAAAUGGAGGGUUUUGAGAUCGGUAUCAAUGCCGUGGUGCAGUCUUCUACUGGCGUCGAUGCUUGUUUCAGCGGAAAGAGGCUUCAAACCGCGAGCAGCGUCGAACUAUUCCGAUGCUCCGGAUUACCUUUCGCAGAUUUUGAAUUUCUUGUGGCAACCGAAUGCAUCAAGCUCCGACCAUACUUGGCCUGAAAUGAAAUUCGGUUGGAAGAUUGUUGUGGGUACCAUAAUUGGAUUCUUUGGGGCAGCAUUUGGGAGUGUAGGUGGUGUUGGUGGUGGUGGAAUAUUUGUUCCUAUGCUCAAACUAAUUAUUGGAUUCGAUGCAAAAUCAGCAACUGCAAUGUCAAAAUGUAUGAUCAUGGGUGCUGCAGCCUCCACUGUCUACUACAAUCUUAAGCUAAGGCAUCCCACACUUGAUUUGCCAAUUAUUGACUAUGACUUGGCAUUGCUUGUUCAACCAAUGCUAAUGCUGGGAAUUAGCAUUGGUGUUACUUUCAAUGUGAUUUUUGCUGACUGGAUGGUCACCAUACUGCUAAUUGUUCUCUUCUUAGGCACAUCAACGAAGGCCUUUUUCAAAGGUGUCGAAACAUGGAAGAAAGAAACAAUUAUGAAAAAGGAGGCUGCUAGGCGUUUGGAAACAAAUGGCAAUGAUCAGGAGGGAUUAGACUAUAAGCUGCUGCCUGGUGGCCCAAGCAAUGGCAGCCAAGAUGUUACCGAUGACCCUCCAGAGCCAGAGGUCAGUAUAAUUGACAAUGUGCGCUGGAAGGAACUAGGGCUUCUUGUUUUCGUUUGGGUUGCAUUCCUUGCAUUGCAAAUCAUCAAGAACGAAUUGACUACUUGCUCGGCAGCGUAUUGGGUAGUAAACUUAUUGCAGAUCCCAAUUGCUUUUGGGGUAUCUUUAUAUGAGGCACUGGGCCUGUACAGUGGAAGAAAGGCAAUUUCAUCAAUGGGAGAUACUGGAUCUGGCGUGAAGAUACACCAGUUGAUCUUGUACUGCUUCUGUGGUGUAGUGGCUGGCAUGGUUGGUGGAUUGCUUGGUCUAGGUGGAGGAUUUAUUCUGGGUCCAUUGUUUUUGGAGCUGGGAGUCCCUCCUCAGGUGUCAAGUGCCACAGCUACCUUUGCAAUGACCUUCUCCUCAUCAAUGUCUGUUGUAGAAUAUUAUCUUCUAAAACGUUUUCCAGUUCCUUAUGCUCUCUACUUUAUUGCCGUGGCAACCGUUGCUGCUUUUGUUGGACAACACAUUGUAAGAAAACUGAUCAUUUUUCUUGGAAGGGCAUCUCUUAUCAUCUUCAUUCUCGCUUUCACCAUCUUUGUGAGUGCAAUCUCCUUAGGCGGGGAAGGUAUAGCAGAAAUGAUAGAGGAUAUCGAGCAACAUGAAUACAUGGGUUUUGAGAACCUCUGCACGUAUGAUUCUUGAUUUGUCAUCUCCUCCCCCAUCUUUUGUAGGAUUCCGAUGUCCUAAUCAAGCUCCCCUAAGUGUACAAAGUUGGCCUUCUGCCAUUCUGCACUUGGUAGGAUGAACGAUAGCCCGCUGCUUCGAUUCAAUUUUACUGAAAUAUCAGUAUAUUUGCCCUCAAAAACAAUUUUUUUCCAACUCAAUUUGUGUCUGGAGGAGGAGCCCAUAAGGGAAAUCUAGGAGGAGGAGAAUAUUUUCAGCUUUUAUGUCAUUUUUCUUUCUCUGCUCAUCGACAUUGAUAAGAGGACUAGAGCCAUAGGACGAUUGUUGUUGUCAUUUGUUGUUCGUUUGUUUGCUGAGAUUUUUAUUUCAACAGUAUGUUGGUGCCAAUCACUUUCCGUAGUUUUGAUGAAAGGGCCGGCCAGAUGCAUCAUUUUAUCA